AUGGUUCCUUUAUUUUGUAUCAGGAUUUUCUACCUCUUCUCCUUACUUAGCCUUAAUUUAGUUUGUUGUAAUUUAUAUUCUGAUUCACUCGCGUCUGAGACAAAUAGUUGUGACGCUAGGGACCAUGCUUGUAAUUCCAAAACACGCCUUCUUGAAGAUCGGGAAGACAGUGGUCCGACAUUUGUGGGACGAAGUGGUCUUACACGAUUAGAUGGCUUUAAGGUAAGCUAAUUCAACUCAUCUAUUUGCAAUUUUUCCUAAACGUAGGCUUUAAAAGGAUGACUAUAUCCGAUAAGUGCCAUUUUCGAAAGCGGACCGUUUACCAGUGAACGAGUUCUUCGGGGUGUCUUCUGAUGUUGCGUGCAUGUCUUGUGUUGUUUAACAGUACAAGUUUAAACCAGCUUUACUUCUGUGCUUAAUCUCAGAUCGGUAUGCAUUUAAAUUUUAAAUUAUUUUUUGUUAUGAUCCUUUGUCAUAAAUGCUAACUACACCAGGAUGUCGUUUAUCUGUGGUUAAUCGUUUUAUGAUCCUUGUGAUCAUGCUUGCAUUCAUCACCGGCCUGGAACGGUAAAGUAUAGAGAAAUAAACCCCGUCAGUACUUUUCUCAGAUUUGAAUGUUAGUACUGCUAUCAUCAUUGCAAAUGAAUUAGCUCCAUAUUCGUCGCAUAAUUAAAAUCUACUGUUACCGCUUUUUCCAGUCCUCCUCAGUCCCUAUAUCUUGGUCACUGCGUGGUGGAUUGCACUUUAUAAAAUAACUAAGAUAGUACGCGCGCUCUGAUUGGCCAAGAGGCGUGUUUGCAUGAGAGUAUGUAAACAUGGUUGUGACGCCAACUUGUUUGGCUUUCCGCGCGCUAAUCACGCCAUCACGAAUUUGAAAAAAGGUUUUGAGUUGAAAAAUUCGAUAAGUUGACUUUAUUUACCCAUUUCCUCGUCGGUUGAAAAAAUCUUUAGAAACAUGCUGUGUCAAUUUUUUUUCGCUUAAGCUGACAUUUUAAGCGAGAAAAACCGUAUUUUGGAAAGCAUCUUUUUUGCAAAACAAACACUGAUUAUGCGUACAAGCUUCGUGUACAAGACUGGUAAGAAUUUCUCUUUUAAUCAAUGCUCUUACCAAGAGCGUUUUCCUUUUUUUUCUCGGGAAAGUUAUUUUAUAAAAGCAAUAGAAAACGUUUUUGCUCUGUUUGGGUUGGGAGAAUUCUCGACAGUUAUGCAAAAACUCGACUUCGUCUCUGGUUUGCAUAACUGUCUCGAAUUCUCCCAACCCCUCUCGUGUUUAUAUCAGGCUAUGCAAACACGGAAAACGUUUUCUAUUGCUUAAAUAGUCUUAGUUACAAGGUUGCUAUUCUCAGUUACCCCUUUCCCAAACUCCACCUCGAAGACUUCUUCUUUCUUCAACUAAGCGACUUUAAGAUCCAACUGACGUGACCGCAACACGAGAACGUCAAAAACAACAAACAAACAAAAAACAAACAAACAAACAAAAAGAAUUGGUUUAAUAAGCAAAACAACAACUUUGCACUUUUUGUGCAGCUCGUAAACAAGCAACGACGAAAUUUUAUUUCUCUAUAUGAACUUGGAUAUGGUACCUUGGAAUUCUGCUUCGGGAGGAUUCACCGACAUUUGUCAAAGGGCGUGGGUAAGAAUAAUCGCGAUAAAGACUGAAGGAUGACAAAUUCACUUUUUUAUGCGACGUUCUCGUUGCCGUCGCGUCGUAAGAUAUUAAAGUCCCUAGUUGAGAUAGACUGACUCCUAGAGGUAAGCUUUCGAGUGGCCCAUUGCUCAGCGUUGGUAUCGCGAGUGAGAUACGUUUAAACUGAGGUUGUUUCACAAAAUAACGAGGCUAUUGCUGUGCAUGUUGUCAGAGAUAUGUGUCUUAGGCCUAGGCCAAACGUCGGACCCUUCACCAGACGAACGAAACUUGGUAUGUUAAGUUCAUGAAAAGUUCGACGUCUGGCUCAGUUACGUUCCUCUGAAUGAGUUUGGAUCGUCCAACACCCAACACGUGAGUGGUCAUACUACGUUUAUUGAUAAUUACACAGGUUGGUUAUGUGGAGGAAGUAGACUUAGGAGAUUGCUGGAGAGACCGAAUUACUAGAGCAAUGAAGCCACUUUUAUUUGGUAAGAUACAUUCAUAUUCAAAGUCAUCGGCAGUUAACUAUAUACACCAUGGUGUUGAUGGGUUGCACCACACCCCAAGGUAUAUGUGUUCUUUUUUGUCAAAGGCUUUACUGUGUUUGCAACAAUUCUUCGUUUUGUAGAUUUGUUGAAGUCUGACGCAGAUUUCUCUUGUAUAUCUGAGAAUGCUCCGCAUAACCAUUAUGCAUUUGCAUUAUGGUCAGAUGAUCCUAGCUGUACCUUAGUUAUCACCCAUGGCCAGUUGCAAUGUAAUCCAAGACAGUCUUUGAUUUUAGAUUCCAUGCAAGAUGUGUAUAUAUUCCGGACACCCUUUGUUAGUGGGACUUUUAUUUCGGAUUCCAAUAGUUAGCGGGAUUCCGGAUGCCUUAAACGGCUGAAUUCCGGAUUCCAAAGCCCAGUAUUCUGGAGACGAGAAAUAAACGCGCAUGCGGGCAAUGUAGCUAGGCUGCAGAUGGCUUGCCUCCUUUAAUCAGUUGGUUGGGUUUUGAGAUUGACGCUCCCUUACAGGUUUUUAACACUUUUUCUAACUAGGAGAUAAAGGCAAUUCGUGAAAACUCAGUCUUAAAAUUAACCAGGGAAAACGUGCUUUUCACCACAACAGAAAUUCCUCACUUUUUGACGAACGAAGAAUGUGACUACAUAAUAAAGCUGGCUGAGCGAAAUGGCCUUGAAUCAAGUAUCGCUCGCGGGGGAUUGACGCCAAAGAAAGACUUAGAAGUACCAAAAGUUGAAAGUAAGUACGUAGCUACAUGCAUGUAGCUAAGACCUGAAAAAAUUACAUCACAUGUGUAGGUAUCGAUUAUAAAAUUAACGCUACUAGUCAAAAAAAAAAAAAUAAUAAUAAUAAUAAUUAAUAACAAUUCUCACCUGGUGACUAGAAAAUUUUCCUCUUUUGACGGAACAAUCGCACACAAAACCGACAACGCUUCGAUCUAAUCUCGUGCCUUCUUAUGAUCAGACUAUAAGAAUAGAGAGGGCUAUUCCAUUAUAAUAGCAGAGCUCCACGCGCGCACGAAGUACACGCGCGUGGGCGGAGUCCCAUAGCUAAGAAAAUCUAUCCAUUCCAGAAAAUUUGGUAAGCACGUGACCGUACACCGACCCCCUCCGACCGUCCGUCCGCACCACAUGCAUACCAAUGUAAAAUAACUCAAUCAACAAGUAUAGCAACCCAAAUGCAACUCGAGGUUAUUUUGGCUGGAAAUCGCAUAGCCACCCGAGUCUUUUAAAGCAGAGACAACUGAAGGGUCAAUAAAGACGAUAAAGGAAAGCGGCAAUUGUUUCUGUAUCCGUGUUGUCUGAAGUAUUAGGCUUAGAUUAAUUGUCAUGUCCACAAAUUUGGAAAAUAGAGCAAGAGAAAGACAGAGAAAAAGAGAAAGUAGGCGGCAGGCCAGCGAAUGAACGAGAAAAAGGGAGAGAGAUCUAGAGCAAGAGAUAAACAACAAAGGAGACAUUUUUUUUGUUGGAAGAACAACACGAGAAUUUUGCAGUGGCAGUGAGAAAAUAAGAAAUGCUAGCGGCCACUAAUGGAAGGUGAAAAUGAGCGGCAGUAAAAAAUAGUAAAUGAGAACACGUACGACAUUUCCGCCAUAAAAUGUGUAACUAUAAGAGGUUUCUGGAACUUUCACGUUGUAGUCGUGCAAAACAACUGCAAAGAAUUGUACAAAAAAAGUGUGCUGCACGAACAAAGUUGCUUUUUUGCUAAUUAGACAUAUUGUUGUUUUUCACCGUCAAUUCUCCGGCGUUGCCUUGGCCGCUUAGCAUUACACGAGUUUGUAUUUUUUUAUCAAACUAUAAGGAUUAUCGAGAGCUUCGCUUUUAGCCCUGGCUAAAUCUAUCUAUUAUACACACCUUUGCUAAAUUUUCUGAGGGAGUAUAUGAAAAUAAAAGGAAUUUCUGAUGACUGUAGAACUGAAGGCUGCAUUUUCUGAGAGGACAUACCUAGCAGAAAAGCUUCUUUUCAUUCAUGGCACAUCAGGUACUUUUGUGAGAAAUAUACAUUUUCAUGCAUUUUUCUGAGCGCUUUGACGAAAAACGAUCAUUUUACUUUGGGUUACUAGUACUUCUUUAACUCGAGGUACGUGGUGUACUAAAUGGAAUGGUGUUUAACCUCGUAUAUGUUUGCAUCAUUUACUAAGGGAAUACAGCUGCUCCUCGCUAAUUGCCUUCUCCUCCUCCUUCGUCUUUUUCAUCAUCUGCUACUUUGUAGGCGGAAAAGGAGAAGGUGCGGCAGGGAUUUUUGAAGCUUGGGAUAUAAACUAUGACGGAAAAGUCACAGUUGAAGAGGUAUGGUUGAGUUCAUGAUUAUCUUUUUCAAGAGCUUCCGCCUCGAUUUGAAACCGAAUAUUCUUUGUAGGAGGACUGGUGCGUUGCGCGUGAAACCUGGCGAGACUAUUUUUUUUCUCUCAGAAGUAAUGGACAUUAAUUUGUUGUUUUUCCUUGUUUUGUUUUUGUUUUUGAUGUUGUUUUUGUCGAUUGUUUUACACUCGAGUGAGUAUUAACGUUUGUAAUUAUAUAUACUCUUCCAUUGGUGCUUCCACAAGCGCUGCGCCACACACUCAGUUUAAAAAAGAACUUUUUAGGGUUUUAUCAUUUUCUUUUUGAACAGGUGAUCGAUUUCGCUAAAAGAUACAUGUAUGUCAUAUUUAGUGAAGGUGAUCUAAUGGAAAUGUAAGUGAUUUUUUAGAAGUAUUCAAAGUCGCUACUUGACCCUUCACAUGCAGAAAUAUGACUUUGCAAUUAUACCAGAUAAAGAUAGAAAUAAUGUACUUGUAGGUGGAGUGGCUUCUCGGGCUGAGUACGCUCUGACCUGCUCGAAGCCUGAGUGGGGAAAAGAAAGUGGACAAUUUCUCUUUCCUUUACUUUCGUACAAGCCUAAACCCCUUAAUUUUAAUCUUCUUCUCAACCACGCGGAUUUGCUAUAAGCCUGAGUGGGGAAAAGAAAGUGGAAAAUUUCUCUUUCCUUUACUUGCAUACAAGCCUAAACCCCUUAAUUUUAAUUUUCUUCUCAACAACGCGGAUUUAGGACCCUGCAAUAGUAAUACCUAAAUCUAACACUGACGAAUGAACGUCAAAUUUUAGGUUUCGUCCACAGACAUAGAGAGUGACCAUAGAUUGCAAAAAUACUUUUUUAGUCUUUUGAUGAACUAAAAAGAUAUGUUUUUGUCCGCUUAACAGACUUCACAAAGUGAAUGUAACUGAAUUAGAUGACGGUAAGUACAUGGGCAGAUGGAAUUCUGUGCGUAAAAAUUGAAAAACUUAAUUUUAAGUUGACUAAUCAGCCCAUUCGUUCACUCUGCAGGUGUCAUCACGUUCAAAGAGUUCGAAAAUAUGAACACGCGUGGCGCGGAUACCAUGAUGUACGUUGCUAGCAAAACUCAUCCAAAGUACAGGUCUCGGUAUAGCGAUCAGACUUGGAUUAACCAGAGAUAUCUAAGGGAUCCUGUAUUGGAUAGAAUAAUGGAAAGGUAAGGAAAAAGUGAGGAAGCCACUUGGCAAGUACAAGGUCAUUGUAUUUGACUUCCAACGUUUCUAAUGAUCAGCGCAGUGUUUAAUAGCAUAUAUAUUUUCACGUUUAUAUUCCUACAGAGUAAUCAAAUUAACCAAGCUACCAAAAGAGAUCAUUUACGGAAGCGAGCGAAUACAGGUGAAUUCUUUUUUACCACAAUCAAAAGAAGAGAACUAAACCCGGCUUUUUGAGGGUAUGAAAGGUAGAGAAUUGUCCUAUACCUCAAGAAUCCAAUGCAGCUCGCGUCAGUGCAAAUCUUUAUCUAGCUAUUCCAGUGGCAGAUUUUCACAUUUAAAAGUUAAAAUUUGCAUGGAAUAGUUUCGAAAUAGUUGGGUUUUUUUGCAGGGUUAUUUACGGAUUAAACCGUCACUGCGGGAACCCCUUGAUAUUGUUUGAAUGUAUAGAUGCUCCUUUAAAAAUACAGUGUCUUUAGGAACUUGUUGCUGUAAAGAAUCGAGAAACAAAAUCCUUCGACCGUAACAUAACUUGUGCUCUAAAUAAUAUAUCUUCCAUUAUCGUAAUAUGCCGGCCUGUUCUUCAAGAUUUCUCUUUAAACUGAUUCGGAGGAGAUUUGAACUGAUUCGGCAUAUUCAGAACAAAGAGAGUUUAAUUGCCGACGCAAGGCUCAAGACUGUUCCCCAAACCCUAUUUGGCAUAUUCAAAGCAAAGCCCUGAUUUCAGCCUUUUAUUUAAUAGGCUCAUACGAGCAAAACAAAAUUUCGAACUUGUGUUUUGGUUUUACAAAUGUUAGGUUUAAAUUAUCAAAUGUUUCAUUGCUAACAUUUUUAAAGAUACUUAUUUUACAAUUUCCCGUUCCCCCAAUGGACGACAACUAUUUAAGCAAAUAGAAUAUAGUGGCAAUAACGCAAUAAUACAAUUAUGGCACGAUUGUUGUGCAUUUGUUUGCGCUACGGGGGCAAUUUUUGUAUAGAUACUUCGCCGGGAUCUGCUACUUGUGGUCUUACCUAAGUUUUGAAUAUUUCAGAGUCCUUCCUAUGAUCGUUGAGAUUGCAGCUUGUGUAAAAUUGUGUGGAAAUCGAUGGUACAAAAUUUGGGGAAACCUAUUUGCUUUUGUGGAAAUUCAAAGACAACUACCUGACGUAGUCAGUUUCUAUGUUGGUGUCAAGCAAGCUCAUACCUUAAUAUUUUUAAAUUGACUUUUGCGUUAAUUUCGUUUAGGUUGUGUAUUAUGACAAGAACGGCCAUUACAAUGCGCAUUUUGAUUCUGAGACUCACAGUAUGAGCCACGUUCCUUGCUGCCAUCAAGUUGAUGAAGCAGUAAUGCUCAGCUUUGAAAGUCCUUGCAGACUUUGCAGGUAAGUUAAAAGUUCAUAACAACACGUGGCGAGAGAGGGAGGGGCGGGGGGUGUGGGGACGACCUGUAAUCCGCCCGGUUCCCUACCUUUUGAAGCCUUAAAUCUUAACCAGUUUAAAUGCAAGCUGUAAAUUUUACAGGCUAGAUAUAGUACCGCGUAAGUGGAUAAUACAACAAAAUAAAAACAAAAUGGAGGUUUGCCGCCCUGUGUGGCUAAUUCUUAUUCAUUGAAAGCUGUUUCGCUCUCGCCGAAAUUAGACCACGUUUGGUUUAAAAAUAAGUUCUGUCGCAUUUAAUAAGCAACUAUCUGAAAUAUUAACAAAUGUUUUGUAAAUUAGGAUUUUUUCGUUUGCAGAGAUUAGCCUCAUCACUUUUAAAGGGCGCGUUACUGAAGUUAAAAUUAGUCUUUUUACUUAAACAAUUUUAGGUAAACGACUAAGUGCAUGAAUAAAUGAAUGGAUGAGUCAAUAAUAAAUGCUAAAUACAAGCUGCAAAAAUUAAAGAUCUUUACUUUUACGUCAAAAACACUUGACGACAUCAAUUCACCAUGCAAGAUAAUAAUCAGUUUAUAAAAGCGAGGUAGGUAGAGUACUAGUCGAUAGUCAACGAAUUUUCCAUACUUAUCUGAAUCUCCCCCUUAGGUACAUAACCAUAUUGUAUUAUCUUAAUGAUGUGGAGGCUGGAGGAGAAACAGCUUUUCCUGUAGCGGACAACAAAACAUUAGACAUGGACGUAAGUCUAACUGAGAAAGUCUCUCACCAGUUGCAUUCGAUUACCGUAUAGUCCAUCCAAAGAUUAUGCAGCUAAAAGAUUGCUCUUGUGUUUUUUUUUUAUUAUUAUUAUUUUCGUAUUUUCAUUUUUCGUCGUUCAGAUGAAAGCGUCCGUAAUAUUUAGCAAAGUACUACAAAAUGUGAAACACCGACAAACUGAUUUCUUGUCACAUUUACCUUAUAAUUGCUGGUUUGGUGAAAAUAAUCCUCUAUUCAAAAUGUAGGUUUAUCUUGCUCUAACCAGUGUAAAUCUCUCAUCAGGCUUCAAAAAUGAAAGGAAUUUAAGCAACAGAUUCUGGACAUUUUCGGUAGAUAGGCCCACAUUUAUCUUUGUAGUAUUUUUAGACUUGUAUUGCAAUAUCUAAAAAUCGUUCACAUGUCAUUAAACUGAAAACAGGUGACACCCAUGAUGAAUAACUGGCCAGCGUUUUAGAAAUAGCACUGUGAUUAUACCUUUGUCUUCAACAGUAUCUCAGAAAUAGCCGCGCAAAGUUGGACUUUUAUAACCUUAGCCACAACUGCCACAAGGGCAAUCUCGUGCUUAGUCCCCGGAAAGGAACGGCGAUCAUGUGGUACAAUCAUCUUAUGGAUGAAGAAAGCGGUUGGCUUGGAGAAAUGGACGAAUAUAGUUUACAUGGUGGAUGUGACAUACUGAAAGGAGAAAAAUGGAUCGCAAAUAACUGGAUAACAGCACCAUAUAAGGACGGGGUCCAUAUAAAAAGCACCUGGCUUACUUUCAAGCACUAACAUGAUUUCUCCAUUUGUUGUACAUUUUCCUGCUGUCUACAAUGAUACGUGAUAGAGACCCUGCAAUGGUGCUUACAGUUAAGUAUCUGUUCUAGACCGCAAAUUCCGCGGACUCAGAAUCUCCGAAUCGUUUUUGGAUUCACAGUUAGCAAUAAGCGUAGGUAAUCUUUAAAAGGGGCAAGUGAGCUGUUAUGGCCUUUCAAGGGGAGGGGGUAGCUGUGUCCCCAUGUUGCACCCAUUUUUAGAGCAACAGCCAUCGAGCAUUGAGUGAUAAGAGUUUUGAAAAAUUGAUUUCCUUUAUUUUUUGCUUAUUGAGGACUUAUAGGUGAGAUAAGAAAAUUGAUGUAAAUUGUUUCCGUCAAAAGAAUUAAAAUUUUAGAAAAGUAAAAAAAUAUUGGUUUUCGUGUUUGAAGACUCAAAAUAGCAUAACUCUUAACCCGACACUCGUUAACACCAACUCUCUUCAAAUAAGCCAAAAAUAGCGCGCCCAUGAAGAUCGCCCCAUGUAAUGGAAUCCAAGACAGUGUUGGAUUAUGGAUUCUACGCAGUAGAUACCAGAUUCCAGGUUCUGGAUUCCGGAUAGUUUGUCAGUGGAACUUAGAUUCCGGAUUUCAAUCGUUAGUGGGAUUCCAGAUUCCUUCAGAUGUAUUCCGGAUUCCAAAGCACAGGAUUCCGGAUUCCACAAGCAAAAAUUUCCUGGAUUCCGGUCGAUUCCGGAAUCCAGAUUCCCUAAUAUGGGGCGAACGGAUUAGUUUGGACACUUCUAUUAGCACAAAACUCAUUUACUUUCAAUGCUCAUCGAGAAUCGACAAACAGGCAUUACUCUAAACCAAACAUUAAUCCUAACCCUACCUCAGGUCUGGGAUAGAGCUAGGGUUAAGCCUUAUUUGUUGAGGGUUAAGGUUGAUUGUAAAGAGUUGGUUCGGAUUCUGAAGGCUCGGUCAGUUGGUUAGGCGACGUAGAUAUUAAAAAUAGUUCGUCAUGGGAGGAAACUGAAGCAAGAAAAAGAAUGUAAAAGCAUUUAUAUCUAAGUUACGAAGACUUAAAGGUUUCCCCGACAGUAGUAUAGAAGGGAUGAAAUUAUCCGUUUUUUGGAUUUAAUUAACUUUUUGAGUGGCAUACAUUAACGCUCAAAUAACCUGUCUGUGAGAAAAAAGGAGGAGAAGGUUGUGGUGGUGGAGGAGGAGACAAAAGAAAUGUGUUGAUGGCGGUGGAGAAGGAAAACUAAAGAAAUGUGGUGUUGGUGGAGGAGGAGGAAAACAAAAUAAAUGUGGUGUUGGUGGAGGAGGAGGAAAAUAAAAGAAAUGUGGUGGUGGUGGAGGAGGAAAACAAUAAAGAUAUAAGGAGGUCGAUGUAGGGUCGAUGUGGUGGAGGGAAACAUGUAUGCCACUCAAAAAGUGAAUGAAGUCCAUAAAAAGGGAUAGUUUUAUCCCUCCUAUACUACUCCCACCCGAGAAAAAAGAAAAAGAUCGUUGAUGCAGUAGUGUUAUUUGCACUCUCUGAUAGUUAAAGUUAUUAAACACCAGCAAGUCCACGCGAGAGAUAAUGUGAAAAUGCAAAUAAACUAAGACGAAAUAGUGUCUAAUAAACAUGAAGUGUUUAAGCGGCCUGUGUAAACCGUUGUAGUGAUACUUUACAAGAAUGGGCAAAAUAUGAAAAUUUACAUCCAGUUGUUCGUUAAAACAGAUAAUAAACAUUUAAAUUCUAUUCAACCUUUCCUGUGAUCCAGCAAACAAAAUUACUCUUUCCUCGUUAAAUCAUGGGAACCUUUUAAAAUAUAUAUGUUAAUUAACGAAAACGAAAUUAACUCGACUUUAUUUAAUGUAAAUUAAAACGAAGAAAGAAGUAAAAGAAAAGAAUUUUUUUUGUUAGCCAUCCGUACGCUUUCUCUUUUAGUUCCAUUGGUAUGACAUGACAGGGGUGCUUCCAUUCAAUAUUUCGGCAGUUCCAGCAAGCAUUAAAAAGGUUUUUGCGAAAGCUAGAGUCUAUUAUUGUUUCAGUAUUUGCUUGUUUUUUUUGUUCUUAUCCUUAUUUUCUAGAAGUGUUCAUAAUAAAACUGUGGUUAGAAAAAAAAGGCUAUGAAAAUUAAGGUUACGGAAGUUAAUCAACGCUCCACUUCCAAGAACCAAUCAUUUUACCGUUAGGUACCUCGGUAUAAGUGGAUAAACUGGUGAGAUGAAAAUAGAAAAUAGAAAAAUGAUCAACAGGCUAAUACCAGGCGGAUAUUUGAACAACCUUAAUUAAUUUUCAGAAAUAUCUUUGGCUCGGGGGCAAAUUACGAAAAAAUAAAACAUUCAAUUACACAAAAAAAUUAGUAAACUUUUAACGUUUUCAUACUGCUUUAUUGAUUAAACCUGGGUGACGUUUUGGGAUUUCUAAUCUGUAUUUCUGUUAGUUUUACAGCAUUCAACAAUCCAUUGAGAUUAGCAUUUACGACUUGAGUGCUUUUGCAGACAUUGAAUAACUCACUAACAAGCCUUUGACCUCCUAUUUCUUGUGAAAUUAUCGCCUUGACUUAAAUUGUCCAUUUGGAUAUUGGUCUGGUAAGGGUGGCUUGCGAUGAAUAAUAAUGGUACCCGCCACUUGGCUCAGUUUCAAUUUGAACCAAGCCACAAAAACAAGGUUCAAUAAUGAGCCUUCUUUUCUGGCGUGUGUGAUAUCACAGUGCAUGUGUCAUUGUUCCUUCCAAGAUCGUGGUCACUGAUACAAGUCUAGUAAAAGUUCCGCUUCAAUUACUGUACGGCUACUAUCAUCACCAGUAAGUAAAUUCUCCCCAGAAAGGAAUAAAAAUUGAAUGGUUAGAAUAAGGAGAAUAUCUAUGUCCAUGUAGCGUGAUAAACGGCUUGUACUAUCAAUUCAUAAUUUAUAAAGCUUAAUUUCCAACGGGUACCACCAUACUAAUAGCGCCUGAAGUCUAAAAAGUUCACAAUGAUUGUUUAGAUUUAAAAUAGGUAAAUCAUGGUUAUGUUUAGUCUGUUAGUCGAAUUAUGUCUGCCAAUUUUUCUUUUCCAUAUUUUCGCUGAAUGUGAUAACCAAUUCUAUGGAACAGGCAAGGAGUAUAGCGUAUGUAGGUUUACUAGGAACAACGACGCCAUUUGCGACUUCAAGAAAUUCGAUUCUCGUGGUGACGAGCCUUGCAUGAUCGGAAGAAAGGCAGGCUUGACAAGAAUAGACGGCGUAAAGGUUUGGAUUUUAAGUUAUGAUAAUUUGAUUUUAUUUCAUUUUUUGAAAACAGAUACCAGGCUGCAACAAGCCUGAAGAAUUUCUAUAACCUUUGCAUUUCUAAACCAAAUGUUUCCAUACACAUGCACUUUCACUUACCAAGACUAGAUCUCUCUCUUUCCUGAGCGAGCGAUUGCUGAAAUUAUCGAAAUUUCUAAAGCCAGCCCACGGAUAGAUUGCAAGGGAAUUCGCUCGUAUCUGACCUGUAUAAUUAUUCGCCCAAUGAACUUUUAGGUGCUGUUUGUCAAAAGGUAGCACCCUGCUCUAUCCUGCUUUAAUUACAAGCAUGGGUUUACACAAGUAUUAAUUAGACAGAAGCUGUCAAAUCUAAUAGAAACCUAAAAGACAACCUGCUAAUUACAGUAAAAGGCGGCUUGUUCCAUCGAUCUCUAAUGAAAACGACUGUUUGAGGGGGGAUCGUUGGCCUCGACCUGUUUCCAUAACAACAUUUAAUUGUUAAAAUGCCCUGGUGACGAUAGCCGUAUCAUCUGGCUGCAGGUUGGUCACGUGGAGGAAGUGGAUCUCGGGGACGGGAUAAGGAAACGAAUAACAAGAGCCUUGAGACCACCAGUGUUUGGUGAGAAAGUUAUAACGUAGUAGUUACGAUUUAGUUGAUAUUACAACUUCCAAAUGAAACUAAAAUAAAAUGACACAUUGAAAGAAAGCUCUCUUCCAAAUGGGUUCUUUCGGUAGUUCUUUGUCUUGUGUAGCUGCAGAAACAACUUAAGGAACUGCAAAUUAACGUUCGAUACCGGGGGCAGGAAAAGGUGUUCUUAGCAGAAGAAUUUCCACGAAGCAUUUCAGUAGCCAAAGAUUUUUAAAAUUCGAAAAUAAAAGGAGGGUGAUACUAGGGUCUAUUAUGCAGGUCCCUGAAAAGUUACAAGAUUAGAAAUUUCUUAAGUGUACUCUUACCAGUGCUUUUCAUUUCAAGAAAUUCCAAAUUUCCUAUCCGACGAAGAAUGCGAUCACAUCAUUCAUCUGGCACAAAACACUGGGCUUAUUUCUAGCGUGGCUCGUGGAGGACUCCAGUCUAUCGAGGAAUUUACCAUCCCCGAUAUUCGAAGUAAGAACACAGUCGAAUUAAUGUCAGUAACAAUGUUAUCUAAAUGAAAUAAACUGAGACUGAACUGUUCCCUGUUGCACUUCAUGGAUCUUACUUGCCAUCACGUGCAAAGGGGGGCUCCAAGUAACCUAACAAGGGGUUCUUUCCUCUUUUUAUUCCGUCUUAUUUUUUUAUUUUUUUUUUCGCUUCAGCAUAGCGAGCAAUUGUGGAAAACUCAUUAUGCAAUACAUGUGUGCCGGUGAAUCACGGAUUGCCGACUCCACGACCUCUUAGCCUGCGUAACAAGCGUUUCCGUGCGGUUCAGGAGCAAAGAACGAGGAGCGAGAGUCAAAGACCAAGCGAGAAAUUGCUCAAGUAAAACAUUUUUUGGGUCUCGUUUCAUUUCUCUCGCGGCCAAAACCAAAAAUCCCGUUCCUCGGUCUUUCUUUGCUCCGAAACCAAACGGAAACGCUUGCUACGAAGGCUACCGACCUCUCAAAGGACACCUCUAUAAGACAGACACCUCCGAGUAAAACGUACGGACACCCUGACAGUCGAUCCCUUUCUUUUUUUCUUCCUGUAUUUGACUAUCUAUAUAUUAAAGCCGGACUUCUCUUAGUGGCGGUCCCAAAGGCGUCCAUCUUCGAGGGAGUAAGACUGAUUUAUUUGUCAACUCAAAAUGAAAAUUUUUGUAAACAGUAGAACCUCGAUUUGACGAACCUCUAUAUAACGAAGUCCUGGACAUAACGAAUGAUUUUCAGUAAUAGUAAAAUAUAUGGAAAAGAACCUCGAUAUAACGAAACCUCUAUGGCGAACAAAUUUUGUCAGUCAUUCGGCUCUUCGUUAAAUCGAGUUUACACUGUACUAAGGAAAAAGGUGCUUUUCAGCACUUUUCUUCCAUUCCCUCUCUCACUCUUCUGCGACCAUCAUAUUGUCAGUUUUAAACUGAGAUAUAAUUAUACCUUAAGCAGACUGCGUAAAUCUCAUCAAUAAAGCAAAUAUGAUGCUAGCUGAUUACACUAGGGUCAUUCCAUGUUUCUUUGGAUUGCUUUUGGGCGCAGCGUAAGGAAACUCUAAUGAGUGCAUGCUCUACUGAUUACAGCUGGUAAAGGGGAAGGAAUGAGUGGAUACUUUAAAGGUUUCGAUGUCAACAAAGACGAGAAAGUCACUCUGGAAGAGGUAAGGAGAUUUUUAUUAGAAAUAGUUGGCUGCAUUAUUUGUUACUGAACUCGUCAGUUUUUGGUUUCUUGUGUAGUUAAAAAGGGAUCGAGGAGAUGGUGUUAAAAUAAUUGGCACGUUAUGCUAUUUAUAACAGUUUUAAAAUCCAUUUCUCCCUUUUGAAUCACUUUUGAAGUUUCGAUCAUCUCACUAACUUCCAAGCUGCUGAAUGAGCCAUUGAUUCGCCCUAUGGGGAUCAGUUAUAACAUUUUUAAAAUCCAUUUCUCCCUUUUGAAUCACUUUUGAAGUUUCUAUCAUCUCGCUAACUUCCAAGCUGCUGAAUGAGCCAUUGAUUCGGCCAAUGGGAGUCAUUUAUUUCCACUGUUAGAACCUUGAUACCCGUUUUAUUUACAUUCUGAUAUAUACCUGCCGCAGUCUAAUUUGAUGCUACAAAUGCUUAAUUAAGUUUUUAAAGUAGCAAAUAUGAUUUAUUAGCAGUUCAUCUUGAUGGUCGGGUAUUGCCUUCAACGAUGAUUCACCUCAAUUUCUUUUACGUGUUCCUUGCCAGUAGAGUGAGAUCAAAAGUACCGAAUUAAUUACAUUAAUGAUGAAUUAUGAGGCACACCGAGUAGAAUGAGUACAAAUCUAACUAAAGAUUUUGUUAUUCUUCUUCAAUACAGGUCGCGGCCUUCGCUAAACGAUAUCACUAUCUCAUUCUAACAAAAGAAGAAACGCUGCAAUUGUGAGUGUUUUUUUAUAAGCUCGUCCUACUUGUUCAUUAUGACCCAACGUAUGUAGAUUGUAGCAAACCGAAUUGAGAGGAUGUUCACGUGCGACACAAGCGCACAUGAUAGGACAACGCUAGUUACUAAUAUUUCGAAAUAUUGUUAAUGAUGGAAAAAUACCACCGCGCUAUGUCAAUGUUCGUUUUAUCGCUUAUCUCCCUACGAAAAAAAAAAAAGAUCAUAUUAUUUGGGAUAUAAUAGAACAAACAAUUAAAUUUCUCCUUGGUGGUAUCCUUACCCUUACCGUGCAGAAUUAGAAACGAAAGAAAAGAGUAAUUCAGGCUCCGGCGAAAGUGUCUCGGCCAGUCUGAAAUUGUCGCUUUCAUGAAUUAAAUAAAUGGUGCAAUUGCAGAUUGGAAGGUCGUAAGUAGAGCCAUCCGCUUGAAUUGCAAGGGUUCCCUUAAUGAGAGCUUGCUCUAAAUUUUGGGCUUUCUACUAGAUUAAAAGAAAAUUACACCACUGCUCCUCUAUUUUCAGUGGUGUGGGAUACUUUGAGGUCUAUAAAAGUUUUUUGUUCCAUUGAUUUUUGAUGGCUGUUGUAAUAAUAACUGUUUAUUCACAAAUCCAAAUCGAAAAAGUGAAAAGGAGAUAAAUGAGGUUAUCCCUUUCUAGUUUAUCUCCUGUUGUUGAAGCUCUUCAUGAAAACAUUAUUAAGAGAUGUAAUUCACAAUUUUUACAAAUAUCUGAGACAACAUUGGUCAAUUAUCUUCUCCGACUUUCCUUUCAGACUUCAAAGUAUCAACGUGACGGAAUUUGACGAUGGUAAUUUCUCUUUGUGAGUUCUGUUUCAAACAAGUGAUAAGAAUUAGCCACACAAUUUAUCUCCCCAGUCGUUCAUGAGACUCUUUAGCGAUUAAUUCAACAUCGCAAUUCUUUUAUCUGUCAUUGUCCGCCAAAAAAAAGUUGAAAAAUAAUCUUCAUUGAUUCCUUCUUUUCAUCGUUAAGGAUUUGCCACGCCAGAGGAAUUUGAGCAGAUGAAUACCUUGGGAUUAAGUGACCUACUAUAUAAAACAACUCUGUCACAUCCGCUCCACAGAGCACGAUUCAGUGAACAGACCUGGGUUAAUCAGAGAGGCUUAGACGAUCCAGUCUUAAAUAGGAUAACAGAAAGGUAAGAACAAAAUACAGUCAAAACUGGUCCAAGACCAAACUGUCCAUCUAUCAGAGUUGUCAUUAUUUUAGAGUAGGAAAUUCAGUAUGAACUUUGGUGCACAAAAGUGUCCUUAAUAAUAAAGAGUUAAAUGUACGAUGGUGUUCAAAGGCAAUAAGUAUACCAAGAGAUCAAAAUAGAGGUCACAGUGCUACUUCUCCGCUUUCCUGUUCUAACAAAAACGGUUAUCACGCGGUCGCUUUAACUGUCCUUUCACGGUUGCUUGUAAAGGAGCCGUUUUUGUAGAAGUUUAAACCGGUUUGUACGGUUUAACCAAAUCAAAGUCUCUCCACAUCGUCCCUACAUUUAGGCCACCAUUUGUUUCAUUUGUUAACUCCGCCUCGCUUUAGCGCCCUGAAUCAUGAAAGCGAGUCCUCCAGAAGUCAAACAGUUUACCAGAAACUACAUUUCGCAUGGUCUGCAUAAUACCGUAAAAUUCUGAAAAUAUGCCCCGGGGCUUAUAUUUUUCAAUGGCCCUUUUUGUGAGGCUUAUUUUUGGAGGGGCUCAUCACAUGUUCGGGGGGCUUAUCUGUGGAGGGAAAUUUGAGUUUCAAAAUCGAUUGGGCUUGCCUAAAAGUUGAAAGGAAAUUUACCGUUUUUGCUUUGUUUUACUUUGUAAAUGUAAUUGAGGGCAAUUUCCAAUUACAAGCCCAAGGGGGGCUUAUAUUUGGAGUGGCGAUUUAAGGGAGGGGUUUUUGCGUUACGAGUUUGGUGGGGCUUAUAUUUGGAGGGGCUUAUACAUGGAGGGGCUUAUUUUCGGAAUUUUACGGUACCUUUUUUUGAAAUUAAGACUCCCUUUCUGUCCUGUUAUCAUCUCUUAGUAUAUCAGAUAAGUUGAACAUUUCAAACUGCUACCUCCCCUCCCAUGCUGGAUUUAAGGCCUGGAGGAUCUCCUUGUCAAAAGAAUUACAGUGGCGGAUCCAGGGGAGGGGCUCGGGUUCCCCCAUUAUUUUUAGACCAAACUGUGGCCCGAGGGGCCGAAAAAAUCUUUUUUUGGACCCCCCUUCCCCCCCUUAUCUAAGGGUCUGGAUGACCGGGUCACCCCCUUAUCUCAAGUUCUGGAUCCGGCACUGGAUUAUACAGAAUUCAAAACUGAAAAUGGGAAUAAAAUAUUGUGAUAAACUUUUUUAUUAUUAUUUUUAGAGUUGUGGAACUUACAAGACUUCCUCGAGAAAUCAUCUACGGAAGUGAGAGGUUGCAGGUCAUACAAACUAUGCUGUUGAAUCUCAUAACGAAGUUCACUACUGUUGCACAAUCAGAUUUGCAAGAAUAUGCAGCAAGAAAACUGAAUAUACUUGUUAAUAACCAUUUUUGAAGCAAGCAAUUGUUCAAAAUAUACUUCUUUAACUACCCAACUCCGAAACAUGAUCAGGCCUAGUCUUCUGCGAAGGCGUCCUCUGUGUCGUCAUGUAACGUAAUGCGUUAUGACACAAGAACGGCUGCGUUGAAGACUACAUCAGGCCCAGCUUGCUCCAAAGUUGUAUAGCUCUUCUACCUCCUGUGCAAACCGAUUGUGUUUGCUAAUGUUGUAACGAACUUUGUUAAGGUUCACUUGAAUUUACUUUUUAAUUUCAUCUUGACAGGUUGUUCAUUAUGGACAAAGUGGUCACUACCACGCACACUUUGACUCUGAAACUCAUGAAAGGACGGAUGCAAAGUGCUGUCAUUUGCAUGAAGACGUUAUAAAAGUUUUUGCAAAGGGACAGGGCUGUAGGAUAUGCAGGUAAUAGUCUUCAAAUUCGUACGGUUGAGUUCGACGGAAACAUUAAUUAUUCUCAGUAUACGAUCUUCACGCCCAGGCAGAGUAAUCAGUUAAAUGUAACUAAGGAAAAAAUACAUAAUGACAUUAGCUAACUAUUAUUAUGUUUUUAUUAUUGUAUUGUAUUUGCUCUUGUAGACGACGCGCAAACUUUGCCUUCAGCAUCCGCGCCAGAAUGACAACAAAGAGAUUCGACUCUUUAGAACGGCGAAAGCCCAUCUGUGAAUUGAACUUUGAAAGAAUGACCAUAAGCUCUUUCGAUAACUAAAGCCUUUCAAAUACGGCAAAUUUUAUCUGUCAAAUAAAACUAAGGCGCGAAUUCUCAGGCAACUACAAUUGUACGCAAACGGCUAGGUUAAAAUCCGUGUUAGGGGGAGUGAGUCAAUAGCUAGCCCUGAGCCAAACAAAUUUCUUUAACGAAGGCGUCCUCAAUCAUCAGCUGUAUGCUAACAUUCAGCCUGAUCCAUCAGUUUGCACGUAUAACUGUUACUUAUCUUUUCAGAUACAUCACAAUACUAUAUUAUCUCAAUGACGUUGAAGAAGGAGGCGAGACAGCCUUCCCAAUGGCGGACAAUGCCACUUUAGACAUGUAAGUAAGUAAGUUGUUGGUAUAAAUCCGCUGUUGGCCUCGCUCUAACGGGUCUUGAUUCGAGUUAUGCAACAAAAUUUGAUAUUACCUUACAGUACUAGAGAGCAUUGGCAACUUGCAGCGAGUAAUUUUCCUGCUAAUCGGCUCCUGUUUUCAGGUAUCUGUAGAUUAAAAUGAUGUGUGCUUAUUAUGGGUUAUUUUGGGUAGACUCACUUGGAUAUGUCAUAUUUGUGAGCUUGAUUUCAGCCAAAAACUGAAAAAAUCACAAGCUAAAACAAAUUUUGUCAGUGCGUCUCUAGGGGCGGACCCAGAAAAUUCAAAAAGUGGUGGCGGGGACACUGCCCUUGCCCUCUUGCCAGCUUUAUAGUUUAUUUUUAUUUUCGUUGAGAAUUCUAUCAAAAUAAUACAAAAUUUUAAAGAAAAAGGGGUGUCGCGGCCCCCUCGGACAAUCCCUAAAUUCGCUCUGACUUGGUCUGCAAUCAUUUCGAUAGACAGAGAGCUUACAGAAACUGGACUACAAAAAAAACAGCUUGAUGGUUUACAACUGAUUACAGGCGAUGUUCCCGGAAAGUUUCUUCUGAAGCUUCAACUCACCAAUUUUAUUUACAAACAUUUGCCAUAUUAUUGAAAUCCAGUUUAUCACAGACGUUCAGGAAAUCUGUUUUAAAAUUUAUUACCCAGUUUCCUGGACAACAUAGUCUUGAUGAAUGGGCAAUGAUGCGAAAACUUUUACUUUUUAGGAAAUGAUCGCAAGUCGUGGUAAGCUAGACUACUACAACCUUAGUCACAAUUGUCACAAGGGUAAUCUAGUAGUCAGUCCACGUAAGGGAACUGCAAUCAUGUGGUACAACCACUUGCUUGAUGAAGAAAGUGGCUGGUUGGGGCCUAGAGACGAAUAUAGUUUACAUGGCGGAUGUGAUAUACUGAAAGGAGAAAAGUGGAUCGCAAAUAACUGGAUCACGGCACCAUACAAGGAUGGGGCCCAUAUUCCAAGUACAUGGUUGAAGAAAUCUGACUUCUAA